GCCGCCCUGAGGAGAAUGGGCGAUGACCUCGCCGUUUUUCUCAACAGGGAAGACCUGCGCAUUUCUGACUUCUGGAGCUCAGCACUAGAAACCAUCAACACAUGUCUUAAGAAACAUCUGGAACAACUGGAUGCCCCUGUGGGGGCUCUUUCGGAAGCCAUUGGAAGCCUGCACCUAGACUCCUCACCAGAUGGCUCAGGGGUGGCUCCGGGCUCCAUCCCGGGAGAGACCCUGGUCCCGGGGACCGGAGGGUGGAAGUGUGUGUGCUACGGCGUUGGGAACUUUGCCACCUGCGCCAUCGCUAGAAGCCAGCUAGCGUUCUUGCUUCUCUUCCUGGAAAAGUGCCAGAUUCCCAGAAGUCACUGCUGGGUGUAUGACCCUCUGUUUAGCCAACUGGAAAUUGCAGUUCUUACCACCCUGGGGGUGACUGUCCUCGGUGAGAACGAGGAAGGGAAGCGGAGUGUGCGUGGCGAGCCCACCGUCUUUUACAUGCUGCACUGCGGGACGGCCCUGUACAACAACCUUCUGUGGAGCAACUGGUCAGCUGAUGCCCUUUCCAAGAUGGUCAUCAUCGGGAACAGCUUCCGAGGCCUGGAGGAAAGGUUGUUGACAAGGAUUCUGCAGAAAAACUAUGCCUAUGUUGCCAAGGUUUUAGAAGGACUGGAGGAGCAGGCAUUUCCCCAGACAGCACAGUACUCGGACGUGUUUAAUGACACCUCUGUGCACUGGUUCCCAGUCCAGAAGCUAAAGCAGCUCCCCACGGACACGUGGGCAUCUCAGGAAGAGCCGGAUUACCGGGACUGCGAGGACCUCGAGAUCAUCAGGAACCAGAAACACGGAGCCCGGGGCCAGGACAUUCCUCACAGAGCCCCCACUCACCGACGUUCGAGGACACUGCCCUGUUCAUGAUGUCCAGCGCUUCGUUGAACUUGUCCUUGAUGGACGGGUGCGCCAGCACUUGGUCUGAGAACAUGGACUUCCAGCCCAGGUACCACUUGGUGAUCUCCUCGUAAUUGGGGCUGUUACUGAGCCAGGAGCACAGCACCUGCCAGAAACGAACGAGUAAGAAACUUGCAUCCAAAGUGGCAACAAAUGGGAGCCAAACAUUUAAAGGGGCCCUUUGCUGUUUUACUCCUGGUUCUGCAAGCUGGUGCCGCUGAUGGGGCUGAAAGCCAGGCCCUCAGGAGUGUGGGAUGGGGAGGCAGCUUGAUAGCUCAGUGCCUUGCGGGUAAACUGAGCCUCCGCCUCCUGUGUAUACAACAGGGAUGUCAGUCCCUACCCCAAAAUAAUGCAAAUAAAGUGCUCAGAGCAUCUGGCUCAUGG